AUGGAAUCGACAGCAAAUCCCUCUUCAACACCAUCAGCAGACACAAAAAUAUGCUCAAACUGUAACAAACCAAUUGAAAUCUCAAAGUUUCGGAUGCAUGAAAUCGGCUGUGCUAGAAAUAAUAUAAAAUGUCCUUAAUGCAGAGAAAUAGUUCUCAAAUCUGAUCUACCAGCACAUGAAGCAGAGUAUCAUACUGUUGUAAGUAUUAUGAUAAAAUUUGAUGGCAUCAUCAUCAUAUUUUAAAUUCAAGUAAUUACCUUUUUCUAGAUGAACUGUGAGUAUUGCAAUGACUUUGAAUGUGAAAAGAUGCUAAUGAAAGACCACUAAUAAUACUGCGAUAUGAAACCCCGCUAAUGCCAGUAUUGUGAAUUGAAAUUCCCAGGAGGAAACUAAUAUGACAAUCACUUAUCUUUUUGCGGUAGUAAAACCACUAAGUGUGAAGAUUGCGGGUAGCUUGUGAGAAACAAGGACUAACGCUCUCAUAAGAUUUCUGAUACCUGUAAGCUUAUUAGAGAAAUGGAGGAUGAAAAGAUCUCAAAGGAAUUGAAAAAAUUUCAAGAGGAAGAAGAGAAAAGGAUGAAUGGGGGGUCUCGAAAACUAAAUAAACUUGAAAAUUAAUCAAUUGGUGAAAAUUAAAAAUAAUCUAAGGGAAGCAAAUAGAAUGAAGCAGUAACUAAAAUUGUAUCGUCAAUGACUAAAAUACAAGAUAAAGGUAAGAAUUUCAUUAAACUAAAAAUCCCUAUAGAGACUAUUGAAAGAGGCUAUGUAAAAUCAAAGCAUGCAACAAAGGAAAAGCAGUAGAUGAUGAAUUAAUUUAAAUAAAAACCAAAUCAACCAGCCAACAAAUAAAAGCAGACUCCCCUAAAAAAUUCAUAAAGUAUUUUUGAUGAGGAAAUAGAAUAGGAAAUGCUUGCCAGAAAAUUACAAGAAGAAUUCGAUAGAGAGGAAGCAAUGAGAUUACAGGAAGAAUUUGGUGGUCUCGAUCCAGGAAUAAGUUAAGAUGGAUUUAUUGAUGAAGAUGGGGCUUAUGUUAGACCACCCGAAGACAUCUAUGAGGAUUAAUUAAUAUAGGGUGAUGAUGAUUACAAUCCACGUUAAAUGAAUAAACGAGUUCAAAAGAUGGAUUAUAAGCAAUAGAAACUUGACUCUCAUCAAUCUAAAAAAAGCUAGCCACCAUAAAAUUCAAGAGACACAAGCAAUAAUAAUGCAUCAAACAGCAGGAAUACAAGAUAAAAUCAAAAUUAAACAAGCAAUUAAAGUAAUAGUAGUAAUCGAAAUUAAAGUAGUAACAGUAGCUUUAACACUCGCUAGACAGCUAAUACAAACUCUAGUAACAGAUCAAGCAAUCAGCCAACACUUCUACAGAAGAGAUAUUAAGAUAAUAAAUAGAAUAAAAACAAUAGCAGAAAACCAAAGUAUUAAGAAGACGAUGAUGAUGUGGAUAGUGAAUUAUAUUAAUACAGUGAGGGUGAAGAUGAAUAUGAAUAUAAUCCAAAUUAUUCUUAGGAGUCAUAAGGAGGCAGAAAAAAUAAAGAUAUAAAGCAAUAAAAUUAAUCAGCAAAUUCAAGGAGAAGUAAUAGAAAAAAUGUUAUUAAUGACAAUGAUGAUGAGGAUGAUGCUGAAGAAGCAAUGAUCAAAUCGGGAAUCAAUAAAAGCAAGCAUCAUAAAAGAUGA